GAGGCUUGCGGCGGGCCUCUGCGGCGCCAACACGUCCGACCUAAGCUUUGGGGUGUCCGGGAACAUGACGAUCCUCUUACUUGUUUUGCUAGCUACAACAAGUCGACUCCGCCCAGAUGCAUCUCGAAGCCCUUUUCCCACUCCCAACCCUUCCAAUCCUUCCACACCUUUCCACUCUUUCACCCAGGCCGCACGGUUCCGCCGCAGGCGUGACAUCAUCUUGACGACCCUUGCACCUGCAUCCCCAAAGCCACCACACCAUUGCAUCCCACGGCAAUGCAGCGCCAGCCGCAACUGCAGUAAUCUUUAAUACACCACCGCCACCAUGUUCGGCAAGCGACGACGGGCAGCGUCGAAUCCGCCCCAGCGAGCCCCGCCGCCCAG